AUGAAUCAAAAGGUGGCGCGUUUCAAUGGGUGUUAUAAACGAGUACAACAAGCACAUCACAGUGGUUGGUCUGAUGAGCAAAUUCUUGAGAAUGCACAUCAAUUGUACAAAUCUGAAAAUAACAACUCAAAUUUUCUACUUGUGGACUGUUGGAGAUUGCUAAAGGAUGAGUUGAAAUGGAAUACAAUGUACCAACCAAAAGGUGGUAAGAGAACAAAGGUGUCAGAUACAGGGGCAUUUACUUCUUCUUCCAAUGCAGACAUCAGUGAUGAUGAAGUACGUGAAGUGCGCCCUACUGGCCAAAAGGCAGCAAAGAGAAAAGGAAGGAAAAAAAAGACACACAUGCUAGAUUUAUAG